UUAUAAGCAUCAUGCAGAGCCAUAAUGCGAUUUAGAUUGUAGGUACGUUAUACAAAAAAUGAAUCGAAAAGACCAAAAUAUUUGUUCAAUCAAGCUUAUCAUUAUUUGUGUUGCAAAAUAUUUAUUUUAAUAUGUAGUUAUUAUCGAAUGUUAGCAAUUUAUUUAGAUUUCAAUUUCGUGUCUAAGCGUUUAGUUUAUAUAAUUUACAGUUACCGGAAUAAAUUUUUUAAAACUGUGCGCUUGAAAAGGUGCAUCUGUAUUGCUGCAAUAAACUUACAAAUACUUAUAACAACUAUUAAGAUUAGAACAAGGCAUAUCGAGGAAAUGGAAUAAUUGAAAUGAGGGCUGCCACGCAGAUAGUUUUAACAUUGUUUUUUGCAAGUCUCUUGAAAAUAUCUUCAGAAAGAGAACACAAGGUUCACAAUAUAGUCCUUUAUCCUGAAAAACACUCUUGGUGCCAAAUAACACCGAUCCAACAAAUUAUAGCAGCACCUGGUUAUGAAUCAGUAACGAUAGAUAAUAAUGUAUGUGUUGGUGCAUGUUAUAGUUACUCCAUACCAAGAACUCAACCUGCAGAGCCGGGAGAGUUCAUCGGGCCGUAUUGCGAUAGCUGUCAACCCUCUGAAAUUAAAUGUUACCACGUAAAUCUGAAGUUAAUUGAGAAUUUAGACGCGCCCAAAGUUCUCCAAAAACGAGUGCAAAUUAUUACCAAAUGUUCUUGUCAAAGUUGUGAUACUAUGAGAACAGAAGAUUGUGAAAUUACGGAUGGCAGUACGGUAGAAUUGCCGCAAAAUCUUUUUACCAUCGAUAAAAAUGGAAAUAAAACCUUCAGCGAAGAACUUCCGGAUCUUCUAGAUAGAAAUGAUACUUACCAUCCCAAUCUGAAUAUCGAAAACGAUAUUAAAAAGCAAAAGUAUAAGAAAUGGUUCGAAAGCCAUCAAAAUGAAAUUGAGAGAACUUAUAGCUCGGAUUUAUAUAAGUUAUUCUUGAAACAAAACAGAGAUAACAAUUUAAAAAUAGAAGAGGAUUUAGAUGAACUCAAUUUACCGCCCACUUUUGGACUCGAAGGUAAUCCAAGCGGUCUAAAAGGAAAUCAUAUCGGAAUGGGGUUAUCGAAAAAAAAUCACAAGGAUUUGGAAGCUGAAAGUGAUGAGGAUACUGAUUCGGAUGAAAUUAGCACACAUCCGAACGAAAUCGUGGUUGUACCUGGUACUGAAGUGAAGCAUCAUGAUAUUAAAUCUGGAGAAUUGACUGGCUUGAAAUCGCAUCAAAACCAUCAUCAUAUUGGCGAAGAAGAACUCAUUGGAAUGAAUGUUGUACAUAUGAUAAAAGGACCCCAUGGAAGUUUAGUAGCCGCUCCAGUAGAAGCGAAAUUACAAAUUGAUUCUGAUGCCUUACAACCCAAUAGUGAAGGAGUUGUCAUAGACUACGGACCUGCAGACAAUAAACCAAGUAAAUUGGAUGAACUAUUCCAGAAUUAAAAAGACACAAAUAUGAAAAAACAAUAAAAAAAUUGUUGGUAAUUACACAAAAAAAUAUGAUUUAAUUUUAAAAUAUUUUUAUGUUAAAUAUUUAAUAUAAUUUUCGUUUUUUGUGUCGGUUUGUUUAAAAUUUUUAAUUUCUAUUCAUAUUUCAUUGAGGCUAUGUAAACAAAACGACAUGAAGAAUGUAAGAAUCUAGUCUCAAAAUUUUUAGAAUGUUAUCUAAAAUGUUUAAUAUGUGGCAAAAUAUCUUAACUCACACAUGCAAAUUAUCUAAGGCGAAAUAAUUAGAACUCAGUAAAUUUGAGCACGAAGGGCUUUUCGGAAACUGUGAUCUUAGAUCAGAUAGAUAACCUGAUUGCGCAUCUGAUCCAGAAAUAGAUUUUUAUCGCUAUUUAAGAACCGCACGCUCUAUUUUCUAUUCUAAUUUCAACCUUAUAAGUCAGCCUACAAAAUUAGAUUUUCCAAGUUAGUAUCUUUAGCUACAAUUUUAUGUUGAAGCUCGACACUUAAACAGCGUCAAAUGCAAUCACGUCAUCUGAAAUUGGUGUAGCGUUAAAUGUGAAGGACGUCAAAUUUCAACCUUGGGGUUCUGAGAAGGAAUUUGUAUGGAUGUUAGAAAAGAAGAUAAUAAUUGUGGAUUUUUACAAAACACUCGGUGUCUUAUCACUUUAAUCCAUCUUUAAUGAUCAAGUUGUGGUGCUUAAGUCAAUUGAACAUGAAAAGAUACACACUAAAUGAAUUGGGUACCUUAUGGUUCUUAAACGGAGUUUGUAUCGAUGCUAGAAAACAUGAUAACAAUCAUGGAUUUUAAUAAAACACUCUGUGUCUUUUCAUAUUACAUUCAUCCAUCUUUAAUGAUCAAUUUAUGAUGCUAAAGUCUUUUGAACAUAAAAUGAUACACACUAAAGGAAUGGGGUACCUUAUGGUUCUUAAACGGAGUUUGUAUUGAUGCUAGAAAACAAUAUAACAAUCAUGGAAUUACGCCAACACUCUGUAUCUUUUCUCAUUACAUUCAUCCAUCUUUAAUGAUCAAUUGUUGAUGCUAAAGUCUUUUGAACAUGAAAUGAUACACACUAAAGGAAUGGGGUACCUUAUGGUUCUUAAACGGAGUUUGAAUCGAUGCUAAAAAAAAAAGAUAAUAUUUGUCGGUUUUCAUAGAACACUUUGUGUCUUUUCCAAAUAAAAGAGGUCAAGCGCAGGAAAGCAGAACGUAUAAAGUAAUCGAUAUAUUCUCGCCAUUGAAAGAUCCAAAUCUUAGAUCUCUUUUAAUAAAUGAUGAUUCUAUGUCAUAAAUUUCAAUGCAACUAUGAAUAAAUAUCUAAAUAAUUUAUUAUGAAACUUCUUGAAACAUCAGUCAACAGUUGCUAACUUAAUCUUUUUCGCUACAUGUAUCGAUUACUUUUUAUCCGAUUAAUCAAACCAAUUCACUUUAAUGAUAUCCGCUAAAAAAUGCUACCCAAAGUUUAGCUUUGAUGUGUUGCUUUUUACAUUUAACGGUACUUAUAUUCCAGAUGGCGUUCUAAUCUAAUAAUCUAAUCGUAAUAGUACAGUGGCUUGAUAGAGACAGUGUGGCCAAAUGAGAGUGGCCGCAAUGUUUAACCCAAACUACGACACAAAAUAAAUUAUUUUCGAAAUUUUUUUACUUAAAAAUACUAUUGAGUCCUUGAAAAGUUUUUAAUUUAGAAUUGGAAAAUAUAAAUUACUAUUACAAAUAGCCACUGCAAUUCAUAGUACGUGACUGCAUUUGACGUACGAAUUUAAAGUCAAACGUCAGAAAGUUGUAUACUAGAUUUUAUCCACGACUGUUGUAUAAUGUACACAUCGUACAUCAUUGUACACAUUGUACAUCUGCUUGCUCUAUCUCAAUAAUCACGGCAGUGAUUAAGUAAUCAUCAAUCACUGCUAUCAAAUGCUUCAAUGUUUUAGCUGUAUUAUAUGGUUUUGAUACAAAAAAUCGGUUUUUAUAAUAUUAGCAUGUAAAACACUACUGAAUAUUCUCAAUUCAGUUCUGUACAUAUGAAAAAAAAAUUAAAAGUAAAUGUUCCUAAAUUAGACUUGAAUCCGUGACCUACAGUUGUAUACAUGGAACAUUAACAUUGAGCUAUUAGAGACAUUUGUAGUAGCUAUUAGAGACAUUUGUAGUACCUUUUAAAACAACUUAAGAUUGACUUAAACCUGUCAACAUUAUUGUAUGUUUAGAUUUCUCAGUGUUUAGAUAUCUUAUAGCAAAUUAUAUUAAAACAUCAACUAAAAAGGAUAUAAAAAAUGAAAAAACUUUUCGUUAACACUACCAGAAAUUAGAGGAGCUGCUGAAGUUGCCUCAUAAAAAAACUGAUACAUAGAUUUUUAUGUCGAUUAUUUUGAAGAUAUUAUAAAAUUUUCGAUAACUAUGUACUAUAUUCUAAUGAACAAUGAAAUAUUUGUUAGAAUAAAAUAGUGUUUCUAAUAACAAAAUUUUUCAACAAAAAAAUAUUUCGUAGUCGUGGAUAAAGUAUAUAUAUAUUAAACCCGCGUUUAAUGAGUUAUAAUAACCUUCACUAUACCCUCGUGAAUAAUAUACUAUUAAGUGUUAAAUAAAAAUUAUUGCGCAUUUUUUUCUUGCUAUUUGAUUCGUACAAAUUCAAAACAUGAUCAGGUUAACCACGUCAUCAUUUUCGAAAAGCCCUCAACUAAUUUCUUAGUAUCAACGGAAAAUAUAUCAUCAAAUGUAUUAUUCUUACAUUUGAUUCACUUUUAUGAUUUUUAAACUAACUUUCUGUAACAUCAAAAUUACGACAAUUAUUAUAAUUUUUAACCUUGGAACAAAUUAAGCUCAUGUCAUAUCUCAAAACUCCUUAUCGAUUGUCUAACGACAUUUUGCCAUUUUUCCCAAAUGAAGUGUGUCAUACAUAUUCAAUAUACUAUAUAUAUAUAUACGUAAAAAAUAGUCCUUAGCGUGUACCUACUUUUAAAAUAAUAAUUAAUUUUCAUCUUUCACAUACAGCUUUAAUUACAGUGAAUUCGCACACCGUUUUUAGAAGAGUAAAGCGCCAAAUGUAGUAUCUACAUUCAAUGUUAUAAAAAAUGUAAUAUACAAUGCGGUUAAUCUGUCGUCAAGUGACUCGACAAUUCUUGUACAGUGAGACCCUCCUAAUCAUACGUAGAUAAAUGAAAACUGUGUUUUAUACAUUUUCUGCAGCCGGUAAGAACUCUCGGAAGUUGACUAACGGUGACUUAAGGUCGAUUUCCAAUAGAGUAAAAACUCUCCCCUCAAUGAUAAGGGACUUUACUUGAAAGUAAAAUUACAUUUACCAAAUUAGAAAUCACUCUUUUUGUGCAGGUCAUGUAUCAAUGAUUUUAUAGCCCCUUCCACCUAUAACUUCCCAUCAAUGAUUCAAAAAUGUACCUUUUAUUCUUCCAUUCUAUCGAUUUGAACAAGUUCAUAAACAACUUGGGCGAGCUUAACUUUUCUCUCACAGCGAAUGUGCAAACAAUUACUGAUAGUUUCAAAACCAACAAAACAUAACCUCUACUUGUUUCGCUGAUUUGUAUUUAAACUGUUACCUAAAAGUCUCCAGAACAUUAUUCCAGAUUUUGAUACUAUCAUUGAAAAAAUAGUUUUUUGGUUCAACUCUCUUGUCCAGUGCGUUCUGAAGUCAGAUUCUGAAUGGAUAAAAUUAAACAUUAGUCAAAAUUAUCCUUGAUACUCUUUUUAGAGCCGAUAGUAACUCAAUUUCUCGCUAAAUCCGUUAUAGGCCUCUUACCGAAUAUUUAUGAAACGAAAAACGUGUUAAGUCUGAAGUAAACGCAACCAUUCCAAUAUCUUCAUCAGGUGUCUAAUCAAAUCUUCUAUUUUUGGUUGUCUUCUUUCCAUUUCUCUAAUAUUUUCUCUCUAUGCGUUUAUUUCUUCCAAAUACUUGAAAUUCUCUGGUACAUCUAUGGAAAACUUACGAAGUGGUUCAUGAGAAUCAGCAACGGAGAUAAAAUUUCAUCAAAUCUUGUCUUUUUAUUGUAAACAAAAUUUGCCGCCUCUUGAAAUCUGCCUGCUAUUAAAAGCCUCUUGAUAUGAUGCAAUCAAUGCAAUUUCUUGUAAAGUUCUCUUGACAUGAUGCAAUAUAACGUGCAAUCCAAUGAAAGUCGCAAUAUUUCUUGAUCAAAAGCAUGCGCAGAUGAAGUUCAGGUGAUUGUUUCAUGUAUGAUCGCAUAAUUGCGACAUUAUCGAUAUGGUACCAUUUUUAUUGCGCACAAGCUGCAAUUCUAAGAAGAAAUCUAGUUACUUUUGGCAUAACAACCAACCAAAGGUCAGUCUUAGAUCAGCUGACUUUCGUAAAACUAAUCGUUUCGACCUCGUGGUAACCUUUAACCUUAUUUUGUUUUUGGUCAUAUUUAUUGACAAGGUCGAAAUAAUUAGUUUUACGAAAGUCAGCUGAUCUAAGACUGACCUUUGGUUGGUUGUUAUGCCAAAAGUAACUAGAUUUCUUCUUAGAAUUGCAGCUUGUGCGCAAUAAAAAUGGCACAAAACCGAUAAUGCUGCAAGUGCGAGAUCUUGCAUGAAACAACUGAUAGAAAUAUUGCGUCUUGUAUAUAUUGCACGUUGGAUUGCUUCAUGUCAAGCGGCCUUAAUGUCAAGAAAUGCGAAAUAUUCGUCUAUUCAAUAUUUUGAUCUUGCAAGAAAUUCCAUGCAACUUCUUGCACGUUGCAUUGCAUCAUGUCAAGCGGUUUUAAAUCCACUACUGAAGCUUAUAAUAUUUUUAACACGUGAACAAUCAGUUUUAACACUGACAUCGACUAAUAAUCAUCAUCAUCAAUACGUGAAAAAAUUAUGUCUUCGUCUAGCUUUAUUCUAAUAACAGCUUUAUAAAUAUGUUUCAAUUAGAUGAUUGAUGACAUAACCGUUUUGUGUGUAUAUUUUAAAUAAUAUUGUAAAAACUAUCAAUCAUUUGAAAAAUAUAAUCGUACACCAGCUGCUUCGCUCUGUUUAUAUUAUAUAUGUGGGCAUUGUUGGUUCAACUAGAUACUGUUAAUAGAUGUAUUGAAUAUCAUUAAUGUUAAUAAGAAUGUGGUUAAUCCACAAAAUUACACUUAUAUAAUUUCAACAUUUUACUUAAAAUAUUUUCAAAAUUUAUCAUCUAGUUUCAUCAACAAUAUCUUUUUUUUACAGUUCAAAACCAUUUUCUAUAUAAUUAGAUUUAUAUGUAUACGAGGUUCAAUUAAAAUAAAUGGAACACAAUAAUGUCUUUGCUCGUGUAACAAAAAGUAUGCUAUUUUGUAAUAAAUGUAAAUAGUUCUAAAUUAUUUAGAAUUGGCUGUGUGUCUACUUAGUCAAAAAAAAAUCAUUUACAUUCUUUUACUAUUUCUGUUAGAUAUAUAGAUAUAAUUUAUCAUAAUAUACCCUCUAUUAGUAAAAUUUUGAAAUCCAAAUAUCAAAACUUAUCUAGAAUAUCAUUAUUAUAACAAUUAUAAACAUUCUCACAAUAGGAAACAGGAGGAUUUUUGAUAUUUGUUAUUUGGAUUUGAUUAUGUUGUUUGCCAUUUCUAUCUCUAUUUAAGUCAAAUAUAAUAUAUUACCUUUGUG